GGCGCUCACAUCACGCGCAGGGCCGCCUUUGACUGCCCAAGCUUGCUGCCAUUGGCGAUGCUCGGGUGCCCACAGCCCUUGACCGCCAUGGGCGCCACAAUAGCAGCGCAGUGCACACGUCCUCGUACUUCGGCUUGACGGGCCACCCGCGCUGAGCAGCAGGUGGGAUCUUUGACCUCCAAUUCUUCACAGCAGCUCGACCACCGUACGGAGGACUAUGCAAUGCCCGGCAUAACGUUCGUCUUCGGGCCAAACGGCUCCUUCUUCUUUGAUAGUCCUACAGCAUGGAAAUUCGAUUGCCUCCCAGGAACUCUUCGGCAGCUGUUCAAUUUGUCCAUGGCACCAGCAUGGAGGAUCGCACAGCCAUAUUGUGUCGCACUUGCGCCUCAGAUCAAUUCGCCGGAGCCGCUGUGGUACAUUGGCUGUAGAGUUAUGACUGGGGAGGACAAGCUGUUGUAUUCACAGACAUACUUUGAGAAUAUCUAUACAGACUUGGUGCGGUGGACGAAGACGCUACCGAACGCUUCCAGCGCAUGCUUCGUGACUUUCGGUCUCAAUUUGAGCUACUUUGCAUGCGCCCCAGGAAGUGGCUCAAUAUGGGCAGGCAUACCAUCUGAACUCGAAGACAAAGUACGGAAGUCAUUCGAGACCCCAACGUGCGUCGCGUUGGGAUCACACGACGCGUGGUUCGUUCUGUGGCCCAACGGCGACUUCUCGUGGAAAUUCAACGGCCACUACAACGCUUUGGAUAAGAUCUUGACUGAGGCAGCACCUCAAUCUGUGUCAUACGUUGCCAUCUCACAGUACAACAAGCACCACUACUUCGUCGCCUUCCGAGAUCAGUCGAUCAAGUACGACUUCACUGGGGCGCCGCCUGAGUGGAUGAAGCUCAUGACGGAGGUGUUUGAUGCAUGGCGCGCCGAGCGUCUGCAAAAGCCACAGCAGCAAUACUUCCCGCCAGCUGGUAACACAUAUCCUCAUGUGCAGCCACGUCAGCCUCCGCAGCCUCAACAGCAGGCUGCCUACUAUUGCAACAACACUGUGGUCUCUGAGUUACUAUCAGUUCCGGCUCAUAUUCUUCCUGUGUCGCCACCGUUGACACCAAAUAUGCCUUUGACUGGGUAUCCAAGCCCGGCUCUCUCGCAAGCUGUGCCAAACAAUCCCUUUGCUUGCCGACCACCGCCGCAAGGGGCAAUAGAAAUGCCAGUCGAGCUGCCAGGUAGCGCAACGUUAGCUGCACCAGCGUCCGCGUCUGCUCGAACGAUCUCAACAGAGGUAAAUGUACCUGUCACCAUUCGACAGAAGAAGAAGCGGUUCAAACUGUUCUGAUGUACCAUAAAGGAAGGCAAGACCAACUCCUCGGCCAAGCACUUACGAUACUCAUUUGCUUUUCUAUACUUCAUAUCUCAGAAGAAUUUGGUAAGCCUGUCUAGCAUUCUCGUAUAUGUGAGCGUCUCAUUGUGUUCGUAAAAGCAAGUGCAAUGAACAGGCGGUUCAGGAUUGCCGGCGUACGAUUAUCAUAUUCACAUCUCCAAUACAAAA